AUCUACGAUUCCAUUUGGGUAAAUGCGCCAUCGCCAAUCGCCGUGAGAGAGACGGGUUGAUAAUGAGACGAUAUUUUGUUUUAUUUAUUUAUAUCAGAUGAAUUGCCACCCGUCAGUUGGCCGCAUUAGUCAUUAUAUUAUAUAGAAGAAGAAGCAGACAAACUGUGGCUUCACACUGACUCAUCAGUGAGUUUGAGAAGCUCAAAGAAGAAGAAGAAGAAGCAGCAGCAGCAGCAGCAGCAGCAGAGAAGAAGAUGCCUCGCGGUGGUCUCUCAGGCUCUUUCUCCACUCCCAGGGUGGACGUGUUGAUCGACAUGGGCAAUCCCUUGCUCAACAUCACCGUCGACGGCUUCCUCAAGAUCGGCGCUGUGGCAGCCACCAGAGUAGCGGCUGAGGAUGCAUACCACGCCUUUAAAAGAGGAAGUUUGUCUGGCGACAAGAUUGAGCACUCGUUGAAGAAGAUGUGCAAAGAAGGUGCUUACUGGGGAACUGUUGCUGGAGUGUAUGCCGGGAUGGAGUAUGGGGUUGAGAGGAUCCGGGGUACCAGAGACUGGAAGAAUGCUAUGAUAGGGGGAGCUGUGACAGGGCUGGCGAUAUCCCUCGCCAGCAACAAUCAUAAAGACAAGAUUGUAAUGGACGCUAUUACUGGAAGCGCCAUUGCAACAGCUGCCGAGUUCAUCAACUAUCUUACUUAAAAUUCUCAGGAUUAGCAGUCUUGUCCCUUCUGCGAUCACUCUGACCGUAUGAAGAAUCAACUGGCUGUUUCAGAACCGAAGACUUCCUUGUCUUUUGUGAACUUACAUCACCGUCAUCGGUGUCAAUAAGUAAUGUCCAGUCCAUCUUACUUCACUAUCAUGUGGGGAUGGCAAUUCGUGUCCUA